GUACAUCUGCACAAAAUGAACUUUAGAAUUAUGAUACUACGACCAUUGGGUCGGGCAUUUCGCCCACGUUCCAUUGCCGAUGGAGCGUGUUUCAUGCUUAUUGCUGUUUUCGUGCCAAUCACGUACAUCUUUCAAGUCACCGUCAUUAUGCCGGAACUGCAUAAUGUGGGCAGCUUCUGGUACACAGUUAUCUGGCUGGCCGGACUCUUUUUGGUGUUUAAUCUAACGUCCAACAUGCUGGCCUGCAUGCUGGUGGAUACGUCUAUUAAAAUGGUUAUACUGAAACCGCCGCUGGAGGCUCAUCUGCUCAGUCGCUGGCACAUGUGCGAUAUGUGCCAGACGCUGGUGCCGCCCCGUGCCUGGCACUGUGAGGUGUGCAACGUGUGCGUGCUGAAGCGGGAUCAUCACUGUCGCUUCACCUGCUGCUGCAUUGGUCACCACAACUAUCGCUAUUUCUUCUAUUAUCUGCUCUACAUGUGCAUCGGCGCCUGCUAUGUGAGCAUCAAUGCCAGCAUUUAUCUCUGGUAUCUGCACGCCGACUACUACUGGCGACCAUAUACCCUCAUUACCAUCUUUGUGCCGGCACUGAGCCUUACCGUGCACGCGAGCUGGGAGAACUUUUAUGUAGUGAUCUACGAACUGAAUCUGUUGGCCUUUGGUAUGUCCACGUUGCUGCUCAUUUAUCAUCUGCCCAUGUUUAAGCGUGGCGCUGUGAUGAAGGAGCGCCAGAGCACCAAAUAUGAUCUCGGCUUGCGCGCCAAUUGCGAAAUGGUGCUGGGCAAGCGGAUGCACUGGACCUGGCUGUCGCCUUUCGUGCGCAGCGAUCUGCCGCACGAUGGCGUCAACUGGCUGCCGGGGCCGAAAAAGGAUUGAAUCACAAAUAUCAAUAUCCAGACUAGUCAUACUUACUUAAGCAAUCUCAGCACAAAUCGAAUGAGUUUUAGUAUUCUAUCGAUGCAUUCCCUGCAUUUAUAUACACAUUUAAAUAAUUAUAAACUAAUUUGUAUUUAUUGCAA